CUCACAGAGCUUCUCUGACUUUCCCCAAAUUCCACACCUGAUCUUACUGGCUGUACUUGUUUGACUUUUCCGCUGUCAUGUUAAGAGCCAGUUUAAGGUUUCCUUCGGUAAAUAUUUACUCAUCAACCAUAGUCUCGUCCACAUUUUCAACGCCUCAGCUUCGCAAGAAUGGUUCAUAAAACAGUUGCACUGUUUUGCUUUGUAAUGGUGAUUUUACUCAGCAUUAUUCUUUUCAUGAUGUCUCAAGAAAAUUUACCUGCUAGCAUAAGAUACAGAUGGAAGGCUAUGCCAGAAAUAAAGGGAAUCAGAGGAGGAAGCUAUGAAAAUGAAGGGCUACGUCAAAAUGAAGGAAACCUUUUGACAUCUUGGCUCAAUGCAACACAGUCUUCAAGAACUGCUGAAACAUCAACAAGGGAUUCAGAGCCAGAGACUGAUAAGAAGAAUAUGUCUGCAGAAUAUCCCAUUCCAAUUAUACACAAAAGUUCCUUCAAAAAGCUUCCUAAGUGGAACUUUGAGGAUAUUUACAAUUUAGAUGCCCCCCCUAGACCUAAUACAUGUUCCCAGUCUUUGCGUAACUCCAGGGAUGAGGACUUCCAGAAAGCCUUCCUUCCCAACAUACGCAUGUUUCUGCACAAAGAUAACAUCAACAUGAGAGAGUGGAAUCGACUAUCACAUUUCAACAAUCCUUUUGGUUUCAUGGAUAUGAAGUAUGAAGAUGUUAUGCCUGUGUUGAAGCUCAUCCCAAAGCCAAAAGAACCGCUACUCCGCCCAAAACCUGGCGGGGAUGGCUGUAUCCACUGUGCUGUGGUGGGAACUGCAGGUAUCUUAAACGGCUCAAAAAUGGGAGCUGAGAUUGAUGCACAUGACUACGUCUUUCGAAUGAAUGGUGCAGUGAUCAAAGGUUAUGAGGAGGAUGUGGGAAACAGAACAUCGGUGUAUGUUCACACAUCUCACUCAAUCACUGCCUCACUUUAUAUAUUUAGGAAGUAUGGAUACACAUCAGCUCCACAUGAUGAGGGUAUAAAGUACGUCAUGAUUCCUGAAGGAAUGAGGGAUUACAAAUGGCUCAAACCUCUUAUCGGAGGGGAAGAGACAUCUAGAAAACACCCCAGAACCUACUACUCAGGACAGUACAACGAGAGCCGCUUCUAUGUUUUACACCAGGACUUUCUGCGAUAUGUACGGAACAGGUUUUUAAAAUCACCCAAUCUCAACCGAGGAUACUGGGCAAUUGUCCGCCCAACUAAUGGGGCAUUUGCUAUAUUUACAGCCCUGCACGCUUGUGACACAGUGAGUGCAUAUGGAUUCAUGACAGAAGACUACAGAAAGUACUCCAACUAUUAUGCUGAGAGGCACCUAAAGACAAAUGUAAUUUUCUAUAGCAACCAUGACUACAUUAUGGAGAAGAAUUUAUGGAAGAGCCUUCACGACAAAAAGAUAAUUAAGCUGUUUCAAAGAACUGGAUCACAAAAUGGGGUUGAGGUGCCAAAGCAGACCUGAGAAUGACAGCAAACUGUGAAUGACAGUUUCAGUAAUAAGAAAAAUACCAUGUUAGACAAAAACUGUAGUUAUCAAAACUGGUAGUCAUCAUGCUUUUGUGUUGAAUGCAAUAACUGUAAAAUAUGUAGACCAGUCAAGGUUUCUUUUAUGAAGGUUGCAUGCAGUAUUGCGAAGUGAUACUGAUAUUCUGCAACAGUGACUAGAAUUAAGAUGUUUUUGUUGUUGUGGUUUUGUUUUUAAUCACUGCUGGUAGAACUUCCUAUAAUGGGUAAUGGGUUGGCCCCUUUUAUGGUUCAUCUAUGAUUAAAUUAGGCUGAUUUUAAACAUGUUAUUUACUGCCAAUCAAUAACAAUUACUUUCUUUGUAAUUGAUUAUAUUAACAUUAAACUAUCUUGAAUGCAAGAAUAUGAUCCUUUGAUGUCGAAGGACGAUGUUAAUGUGGUGGGCGCUAGAUAAUCACAAGUUUCAUUAAAAUCAUUUUCAAAAUCAGAGAUAUUAGCGUAACACUUUUCAAUAAGGUACACAAAAAUUUAUUUACUACCAAUAAAAACCUAGGGGACAAUUAGGAAAUACAUAUUUCGGGACACCUCACCCAACCUUUUUUUCGACCACUUAGUUACUCCGAUGCUGUGCCCGAACAUCAGCAAUAACCCCAAGACCCCUCAAUCACUAUAUAGAACUGGGACUAUAUAGGGGUUUUGAUAGUGCACUAUGUUAACUGAAUGUUCAGUUAGAUGACCAAUACCUUUCGCUCCCCGUUGGUCACAUGACCCCGACUCCCUCCACAAUGCCUCUUUGUCCUCUCUUGUUCUCAAAACAAAUCCCAUAAUGCUUUGCAAGGAGAGCUCUUACAAAGCUUUUUGGGCUAUAUGUGCUGAUCUUGUGACCAUUGACACUACUUUUCAAGGAGAUUUCAGAAAGCCUAAUUAGCCUAAUUUAAAUACACAAACCACUUUGCUUAAAUUUGGUUUAGCAAUAGCAUACAAGUAGCCUUGCCAGCCAGACUACUACAACCUUUACACGACAUAUCAAAGUGGUAAAGAGCUGAUAGGGCUGCAUUUCAAAGGCGGGACCAACAGGGUCAGUGUCGUCAGGUUAGAAUUAAUCAGAUAAUUACCUAUAUGAAACAGAAACUGCAAG